AAUGUGAAGCCUCAUAUACGCGUGCUUCGAAAUCUCCCCCAUUAAACCAAAAGAAGAAGAAAAAUAACAGUACUGGGUGGAAACAUAACUUUCAAAACGUUUUAUCGCGAGGGGUUAAGUUUAUGUUUUAUUGCAUAACAUCGGCAUUUCGCAAUAGGUUUUAAUCGACAUUUUGAACAAUAUCGCAUUUUGCCCAAAUCUGUGAAUGGAAUGGAAACCAUCAUCAUACGCAGAAAUUAGACUCUAAAUUGUUUUAAAAACUUUCUUGUUUUGAACUUAAACACAUAGAGCAACAUGACGAUCACUUUACUCUUCCUCAUCUCUUUAUUCAUCAACGGUGUUGUUACAGAUGAUUCAAUGUCAGUGUAUGAGGGAGAUUCUGUUACUCUACACACUGAUCUUACUGAUAUACAGACAGAUCAUCUGAUAAACUGGAGGUUUGGAGAUCAACAGGAUCUUAUAGCUAAAAUCAACAGAGCAGACAAUAAUUCACUCAGAAUAUAUGAUGAUGUUCUUGAUGGGAUAUUCAGAGACAGACUGCAGGUGAAUAAUCAGACUGGAGAUCUCAUCAUCACAAACAUCACAACUCAACAUAAUGGACUUUAUCAACUAGAGAUCAUCAGAGGGAAGAUCACAAAAAAGACAUUCAACAUUAAUGUGUCUGGUGAUAAAGUGAAGACUGUAGCGGUGGGAGAUUCUGUGAUUCUAGUCAAUAAUGUUACCAAGAAACCAGGAGAUGAGAAAAUGGUGUUAAGGAUUCGACACAACAACUCUCCUGUAGCUGAAAUAAUUGGAACGGUCUUAACUUAUAAUGUUAAUGGUGAGAGAUUCAGAGACAGACUGAAGGUGGAUGAUCAUACUGGAGAUCUCAUCAUCAGAGACAUCACAACUGAUGACUCCGGAUCUUUUGAAGUAGAUAUCAUUGUUGGCAGUCACACAUAUACUAUACACAGAUCAUUUAGUAUCCCUGUCAAAGAUGAAAAGAUGACAGUGGUGUCAGGACUCUGUGCUUUUAUACAGGCUGAACUAAUGGAAGUUAAAAAGAUUGAAAUAUAUACAGAGAUGAAACAUGCUGUGACACAGUUGCCAGUUUUAGAGCUGAUUGGAGUGAAUGAGGAAGAAUCUGCUGAUCUGAAGACUGAUCUUACUGACAUACAGAGAGUUGAUCUGAUAGAGUGGAGAUUUAAAGAAACUCUCAUAGCUGAAAUCAAUCCUGCCAACAAUAUCUUCAGUACAUAUGAUGGUGAUAAUAAUAAAUUCAGAGGUAAACUGAAGCUGAAUCCUCAGACUGGAGAUCUCAAUAUCAAUGACAUCAGAGAGAAACACACUGGAGGUUAUAAACUGAAGAUCAUCAGAGAUGGAGAAACCUCACACAAGUUUUUCAGUGUGUUUGUCAAAUCUGCUGUUACAGGUGAAACAGAAGAACUGACGGUGUAUGAGGGAGAAUCUGUUCAUCUGAAGACUAAAAUUACUGACAUACAGACAGAUGAUGUAAUAGAGUGGACAUUACUAUCUGAAGACUGUGUCAUAGCUAAUAUAAAUCCUGCCAACAAUAUCUUUAGUACAUGUAAAGAUAGUAAAUUCAAAGACAGACUACACCUGGAUUUACAAACUGGAGAUCUCAUCAUCGAUGACAUCACAUGGGGAGACCGUGGACAUUAUACACUGAAGAUCAUCACAGAUGGAGAAACCUACUACAGAAGUUUCCUUUUGGCUGUCACAUGGAAUAGACUGUUUGUGGAUAAGGGAUUCUCUGCUGAUCUGAAGACUGAUCUUACUGACAUACAGAGAGAUGAUGUGAUAGAGUGGAGAUUUGGAGAAAGUCUCAUAGCUAAAAUCAAUCCUGUCAACAAUAUCUUCAGUACAUAUGAUGGUGAUAAAGGUCUAUUCAGAGAUAAACUGAAGCUGAAUCCUCAGACUGGAGAUCUCACCAUCAAUGACUUCAGAGAGGAACAUAAAGGAGGUUAUAAACUAAAGAUUAUCAGAGGUGGACAAUCCUCAUACAAGAGAUUCACCGUGUCUUUCGGUGUGACAAAGCUGGAAGUGGAUGAGGGGAAAUCUAUUAAUCUGAAGACUGAAUUUAAAGACAUACAGAGAGUUGAUCUAAUAGAGUGGAGAUUUGUAGGAACUCUCAUAGCUGAAAUCAAUCCUGCAAACAAUAUCUUCAUUACAUAUGAUAAAGGUCUAUUCAGAGAUAAACUGAAGCUGAAUCAUCAGACUGGAGAUCUCAACAUUAGUGACUUUAGAGAGGAACUUAAUGGAAUUUAUACACUGAAGAUCAUCAGAGAUGUAAAAACCUUAGAAAGGAUUUUAAUGGUGUCUGUCAGACGUGAAAGAGAAGUAAAACUGAACAUGAAUGAGGGAGAAUCUGUUGAUCUGGACACUUAUCUUAAUGACAUAAAGAGAGAUGAUGUGAUAGAGUGGAGAUUUAAUGAAACUCUCAUAGCUGAAAUCAAUCCUGCCAACAAUAUCUCCCGUACAUAUGAUGGUAAUGAUGAUCUAUUCAGAGGUAAACUGAAGCUGAAUCUUCGGACUGGAGAUCUCAAGAUCAAAAACUUCAGAGAGAAACAUGAAGGAGUUUACAAACUGAAGAUCAUCAGAGAUGGAGAAACCUCACUCAGUAGAUUCAUUGUGUCUAUUUCAGCUUCCAGAGAGAAUUUUUUUCAGUAGAGAUAGAGAUGCUGCUGUUGAGUAAACGCAAAUAGUAGCAGUGAUCUUUCUCCAGUAUAACAUCAUCAACAUUACAAACUAGUAGUUGUGUUGUGUUCGUGUAGUUUAUGUGAAAAUACUCUGCAAAGUACACAGAUUAUGUAGCUCAUGUGUCUCAGUCUAAAGAGAGAAAGUGUUUGUGUUGAAGAAUCUUGAAAUCAGACUUUGAUGAUUCAGUUUUACAUCGACUUAUAAAUUCUGUGUUAUAUGAUGGUCAGCAAGUUUAUAUUAUUUAGCCUUUUUUAAGCUUUGCCAAAAGUUUAUAUUCUAAACUAUGUGCCUUUUUAUUAUAGCCACAAUUGUUAACAAGUAAUUACUAAUACACAUUUUGUUAUUAUAUAUCAGUAUUAUCUGUGUCAUAGAAAGAUUUUCAAACAGUGUUAAUCUAAGAUCUUUAAUUUGAUUUGAAUGCAGAUUCAGUUUGUUUUCAUGUUGACUCAAUUCACAUGAUCAUCUGUACGGACAUUAUACAAUCUGUUGUGUUUUUGCUCAGUUUAUUAGUGUGAGACUAUAAUGCAUUGAUUUAUAGAACUUAAAGGUGCAGUGUGUAAAUUUCAGCAGCAUCUAGUGGUGAGGUUGCAAAUUGCAACCAACGGCUUAGUCCACUGCUCACCCCUCGCUUUUGAAACACAUAGAGAAGCUACGGUGGCCGCCACUGGAAAAACAUUUCAUCAUCGGAGACAUCUUGGUAAAAAAAAUUCGUUCGUUAUGGCUUCUGUAGGAAAAUGGCGGCACAAAACGGCGACUUCCAUGUAAAGGGACCCUAGGUGUAUGUGGAUAAAAAGGUAUUUUUCUAAGGUAAUAAACACAUAUUACACACUGCACCUGUAAUUCAAAGUUUGCACUUAUCAAAAAAAAUGUCUCAUCUUUUACUUUAAUUUAGUUUGUUGUUCUUUGAACAAAUGUGUUAUAAUCCUCAUUUUGCACACAAAUUAUUAAAUAAAAGCAUUUGAAUAAAGUCACAUUGCUUUUUUAUUUAUUUAUGUGAGACAUUUUAUACGCUGUCUUAGUCUUAUAGAAAAACAUUUACCGGAACUUCCUCAGAUGGAGGUUUUAGAUAUCUUCAUCAGUUGGUCUAUAACGUUAGUCACCGUCAAACAUAUCUUAUAAAGGUGAGGUUUUACUUUAUAAAAUUAAACUCUAGGCUUCACAAUUGACCUUUCCUCGAGUAUCAUCAGUCCAACUCUUUAACAAACACAACAGUAAACAAAACACUGAAGAAAUUAUUCAUUUAAUUAACUAUUUUUUAUGUAAGUGGGUGCAAUCAAUGUAUUUAAGCUACAUUUAAACAAAAUUUAGUUUUUUUUCUUUUUUUUUGAGUAAAGAUUUUUUUUCAGUGUACAAGUCCAAAAACAUUAAAAU